AUGAACCCGCCCGCCUUCCUCCUCGCCCGCUCCCCAACCCCCCCACCCCCCUUCUACACAAACACCAACACCACGCCCAAGCCCACCAAAAACCCCCCAACAAAACCAAACAGACGCAUCCCCCCAAUCCUCGCCGCCGGAAUGACCACCACCACAAGCACAACAAGCCCCUCAAGACCAAACCCCACCCUCACCACCCGCGCAACCCGCCUCGCCAACCUAUCCCAACGCAAACUCGCCGCCGAGUCCUCAACGCCGGACCCCGAUCUCCGCCGCUGCCUAGGCCACCACAAGCUGCUUACACGCUCGUGGUUCGAAGCGCAGGCCGACAUGAAGCGGUAUCUUGCGGAGGUUCUUGAGAGCGAGAGCGAGAGCGAGAGCGAUGAGGAGGAUAUGUACGGGUAUCAUGAUGAAUAUGGGUAUGGGGUUGGGUAUGGGCUUGGGCGGGGGGAGGUGCUGUUUGCGGGCUGCGAGGCCGAAGACGUCGAUAUCGAUAUGCAUGCCCGGUGGGGGGACGCGGGGUUUGAGUGUGAUGGGGAUGAGGAUGAGGAUGAGUGUAGCGUGGAGGAGGAGGAGGUUGUGCCUGGCACUGGCACUGGCACUGGUUUUCCGGCUCCUACAACUACGGGGACAGCUGGGGGUACAGUGUCAAAGACCUCGACCUCGACCUCGACCUCGAGCCCCAUCAUGAUAAAAGACAAGCUCGUCGGCGCGGUCCGCGGCCUCGUGCGACGGCGGAACUCCACCUCAACGUCCUCACCAUCACCACACGGGAACACCCCUACACCUACGCCCGGCACAUCACCACCCGCACCACCUCCCUCCACUCCCUCCAGUGAGAGCUCAUCCACGCCUCCUCCCCCUCCAUACACAACGGCCCCGGAGAACGAAGAAGAAAAAGUGCUCUCGACCAUAGCGCCCCGAAACGCCAGCACCAGCCAGAUCCCCGUGCACGUGCACGUCCACGAGCACGUCUCCAAGACCGCGAAGCCGCUUGCUCGGAGCGCUAGCCAGACCCAGUUGGCGACGCAGGGUCCAGCGAAAUCGAUCACCGUGCGGGGCAGGCAGUAUGCGCAGCGGCUGGGGCUGAAGGUUGCGGCGGCGGUGCCGGUUGCGACUUGA